UGCUGAAACCUGAUAAUACUUUUGAAGUAUUAAUUGACCAAGCAGUUGUCAGCAAGGGAAAUCUCCUAGAAGACAUGAUUCCACCUAUAAACCCACCAAAAGAAAUAGAAGAUCCUAAUGAUAAGAAGCCUGAAGAUUGGGAUGAGAGACCUAAAAUACCUGAUCCUGAUGCUGUAAAGCCAGAUGACUGGAAUGAAGAGGAGCCUCCAAACAUAGAAGAUCCUGAUGCUGUUAAACCUGAAGGAUGGCUUGAUAAUGAACCUGAAUACAUUCCAGAUCCAAAUGCAGAAAAACCAGAAGACUG